AUGUCCUUUGUGUAUGGAAUGACGGGCAGCAACGACGCCACUGCUGCAAAGUAUGGUGUCGCCAACACUAGUCCGCAUUACAACCCAGACGACGUCGAUAACCACGACAUUUCCACCGAAGACGACGCGCAAAAUGACAGCUCGCCUGCCGAAACCGUCGGCAAGGCUGAUCUCGAUGACACUGCCGAGAUGAACCGUCGCACGUCCGUUGUCCAAGCCCUUGCGCGAAGCUACUCGCGUGCCUCGGGUACCGCCGGCGGCAAUCCGUUUCUGGCCGGCCCCGACUCGCCUCUGAAUCCCAGCUCGCCCAACUUUUCCGGUCGCGAGUGGGCAAAGGCCAUUGUCGAGCUCGUCUCGCACGAAGGGUCCGCCUUUCGCACAGCCGGCAUCUGCUUCCAGAACCUCAACGUCCAUGGCUUCGGCACCGCCGCCGACUACCAAAAGGAUGUUGGCAAUGUCUGGCUCUCUGCCAUGGGCAGCAUUCGCGAUCUAGUCACAAACAACAAGCAGCGCAUCGAUAUUCUUCGCAACUUUGAUGGCAUCGUUCGCCGCGGCGAAAUGGUAGUCGUUCUUGGCCCGCCCGGUUCUGGCUGUUCCACCUUGCUAAAGGCCAUCUCUGGCGAGAUGAAUGGCAUUUACGUGAAUGACGAGUCCUAUCUUAACUACCAAGGUAUCGGAGCCAAGGAGAUGCACAAGCACCAUCGCGGAGAAGCCAUUUACACUGCCGAAGUUGACGUCCACUUCCCCCAACUGUCGGUCGGCGAUACUCUCACAUUUGCCGCCCGUGCCCGUCAGCCGCGCCAGCUGCCCCAGGGCUUAAAUCGGAAUGAAUUCGCAAACCAUCUUCGGGAAGUCGUCAUGGCCAUGUUUGGCAUUUCACACACUGUCAACACCAAAGUCGGCAACGAAUAUGUCCGUGGUGUUUCUGGUGGUGAACGAAAGCGUGUGACAAUCGCCGAGGCCGCCCUGUCCGGCGCACCCCUCCAGUGCUGGGAUAACUCGACUCGCGGUCUGGACUCGGCCAACGCCAUUGAGUUUUGCAAAACACUCCGUCUUCAGACCGAGCUCUUUGGCAGCACAGCUUGCGUCUCGAUUUACCAGUCCCCUCAGACCGCGUACGAUUUGUUUGACAAGGCCUGUGUUCUCUACGAAGGCCGUCAGAUCUUCUUUGGCAACGCCAAUGCCGCCAAGCAAUACUUUAUCGAUCUUGGCUUCGAAUGUCCAGCCCGUCAGACCACGCCAGACUUUUUGACGUCCAUGACCUCGUCACUCGAGAUCAUCAUCCGCCCUGGAUUUGAAGGGCGCACUCCCCGCACGCCUGACGAGUUUGCCACUGCCUGGAGGAACAGUGCCAACUACAAGGCUCUGCAGGCCGAGAUUGAGGAAUACAAGACAAGCCAUCCCAUUGGCGGUGCCGAUGCCGAGGUCUUCCGUGCGCACAAACAGGCUCAGCAAGCCAAGGGUCAGCGCCCAAAAUCUCCCUUUACACUGUCGUACUCUCAGCAAAUUCAGCUUUGCCUGUGGCGUGGCUGGAAGCGUCUCACCGGCGACCCCAGUCUCACUGUUGGCAUGCUGGUCGGAAACUUUAUAAUGGCCCUCAUCAUUGGCUCCGUCUUCUACAACCUCCAGAAGAAUUCUUCUAGCUUUUUCCAGCGCGGUUCCCUUUUGUUUUUCGCCUGUCUCAUGAACGCUUUCGCCAGUGCGCUGGAGAUUCUGACACUUUAUGCUCAGCGUCCCAUCGUGGAGAAGCAUUCGCGCUACGCUUUCUAUCAUCCAUCUGCCGAGGCCGUCUCGUCUAUGCUUUGCGAUUUGCCAUAUAAACUUGUCAACGGUGUCAUCUUCAACCUGGUCAUCUACUUCAUGACAAACCUGCGGCGUGAGCCAGGGCACUUUUUCUUCUUCCUGCUCAUCUCAUACGCCACAGUCCUGGUCAUGUCCAUGAUCUUUCGUACGAUUGGUUCCGCGACUCGGACAUUGUUCCAAGCGCUUGUGCCUGCCGCCAUUCUUAUUCUCGCAUUGGUCAUCUUUACCGGCUUUGUUCUGCCAACGAGAUAUAUGCUCGGAUGGUGCAGAUGGAUAGGCUAUAUCAACCCGCUGUCCUAUGCUUUCGAAGCGCUUCUCGUCAACGAGUUUCACAGCCAAGAGUUUCCAUGCACCGACUUUGUGCCCAACCCAAAUGUUGCCGGCUAUGAGAAUAUCACUGGAGACCAUCGCGUCUGCAGCACCAUUGGCGCUAUUCAGGGCCGUACCAGUGUCAACGGUGACCGUUAUGCUGAAAUGGCUUUUGGAUAUAAAUGGGAGCACCGGUGGCGCAAUUUCGGUAUUGUCAUCGCAUUCAUCGUCUUCUUCCUUACUUGUUACAUGAUUGCCGCCGAAUUCGUUUCUGAGAAGAAGUCAAAGGGCGAAGUUCUCGUGUAUCGUCGGGGCCACAAGCCGGUGGCUGCCGAGGCUGCCGAGAAGAAGCACGACCCUGAAGCUGCCAUGGCAAACAUUGGCCCUGUCGUUACAGCUGAGCUGAGCCGAGGUCAGGACGGUGGCCUGCUACAGAAGCAGACCUCUGUGUUCCAAUGGCACGACGUUUGCUACGAUGUCAAGAUCAAGAGCGAAACACGCCGAAUCCUGGAUCACGUUGAUGGCUGGGUCAAGCCCGGCACGCUCACCGCGCUGAUGGGUGUCUCUGGCGCAGGCAAGACGACACUGCUAGAUUGCUUGGCUGACCGUGUCAAUGUUGGUGUCUUGACUGGUGAAAUGUUUGUCGAUGGCAAACCUCGCGAUACAUCUUUCCAGCGCAAGACUGGCUAUGUGCAACAACAGGAUCUCCAUCUCCAGACAACGACGGUCCGCGAAGCCCUCAUAUUUUCCGCCGUUCUUCGCCAGCCUGCCCACGUGCCGAGAGCGGAGAAGGUGGCGUAUGUCAACGAAGUCAUCAAGCUGCUGGAAAUGGAGGAGUAUGCUGACGCAGUUGUCGGUGUACCCGGUGAGGGUCUCAACGUCGAACAGCGAAAGCGCCUCACAAUUGGUGUUGAGCUCGCUGCUAAACCACCUCUAUUGCUCUUUGUUGAUGAGCCCACGUCUGGUCUUGAUUCGCAAACUUCUUGGGCCAUCUUGGAUCUGCUGGAGAAACUUACCAAGGCCGGCCAAGCUAUCCUUUGUACUAUCCACCAGCCGUCCGCCAUGCUCUUCCAACGUUUCGACCGUCUUCUGUUCCUGGCCAAGGGUGGCAGGACUGUGUAUUUCGGCGAAAUUGGCGAAAGCUCAAAGACUAUGACCGACUACUUUACUCGCUACAGCAAAAAGGAAUGCCCUGAAGCAGCCAACCCUGCUGAAUGGAUGCUGGAGGUAAUUGGUGCUGCUCCCGGCUCGCACACCGAUCUCGAUUGGUUCCAGACCUGGCGCAACAGCCCCGAAUACAGCGAGGUGCAGCAGGAACUGGAAAACAUCAAAGUCGAGAAGCUGCAGGAAGCCGAAUCUCUGGCUGGAUCAUCGCCGAUUCACGAGGACCCUAACAGCUACCGUGAAUUCGCCGCCCCUUACUCGGUUCAACUGAAAGAGUGCAUUCAUCGUGUCUUCCAGCAGUACUGGCGCAUGCCCGUCUACAUCUAUUCCAAGACGGCUCUCUGUACGCUGGUGGCCCUUUUCGUUGGCUUCGUCUUCUUCCGGGCCCCCAACAGUGUUCAAGGCUUGCAGAACCAAAUGUUUGCCAUUUUCCAGCUUCUUACCGUCUUUGGACAAAUUGUGCAACAGUCUAUGCCGCAGUUUGUGAUUCAGCGGUCACUCUACGAAGUACGUGAGCGCCCUUCCAAGGUCUAUUCCUGGAAGGUCUUUAUGCUCGCCCAGAUCAUUGUGGAACUCCCUUGGAAUUCUCUCAUGGCCGUCAUUAUGUACUUUGCCUGGUACUACCCAGUCGGUCUGUACCGCAACGCUGAACCUACUGGUCAGGUCACAGAGCGUGGUGCCCUCAUGUUUCUCUAUCUUCUCAUGUUUCUUCUUUUCACGGGUACCUUUUCCACCAUGAUUAUUGCUGGUUUCGAAACAGCGGAAGCUGGUGGAAACAUUGCCAAUCUCAUGUUCACGCUUUGCCUCAUCUUCUGUGGUGUCCUCGCCAACGAGAACAGUCUUCCUGGCUUUUGGCACUGGAUGCUCACAGUUUCGCCUUUUCGGUACAUGAUAUCGGGCAUGUUGGCGGUUGCCGUAGCCAAUACGAAUGUCGUCUGCGCCGACAAUGAAAUCGUCACUCUGCAGCCACUCGGGGGCACUUGCCAGGAGUAUCUGGGAGCCUACAUUGACAAGGUCGGCGGGCACUUGCUCGACGAGAAUGCCACCAAGGACUGCCAAUUCUGCACGAUUUCAGACACAAACACCUAUCUUGCCGGCGUCAACAGUUACUACAAGGACAGAUGGCGCAACUUUGGAGUCCUGUGGGUCUACGUCAUCUUUAACAUUGCCGCUGCACUGUUUAUUUAUUGGCUUGCGCGGGUGCCGAAGAAGGGUAGCCUGAAGAAUAACAAGGAGGAAGCGAAGAAGGGUUCAGUUUCCGAGGUGACGAAGCAGUCUGAAAAGACGGCGGAGAAGGAGAAGAGUUAA